AUGGAUCGCAACACUUCCUCAACUACCGAUUUUGGCGGCUCCUCUAGCACUUUUCAUCCUCUACUCCAAAAGCCUCCCGGAACGGACGCCUCUCGUUCAGUGAAUUUGAAUGCAAUCCCUGAUACUGCUGUUUCGACUCAUCAUCCGGCAAGUGUGCCAAACCGGACCAAAGAAUCUUCGAACGGGAGGAGUAGACAGAAAGAAAAGCAGUCUCGCCCCAGAGCACUCGGUCCGUACGCCAGGACCACUGAAGCUCGUCAUACAUCUUCAGAGAGCAAUCGCUUAUCAAAGACGACAAGGAAGAAAGGACGUUCUGACUCGGGUUUAGUUCCUAAGGAGGGGCAGACUGUGUCACAGCCUGCCACCGUGGAUCCCGUGGAGAUAUCAGAUGAAGCUCGACGACAAGCCAGCGCGUUCCUGGCUCAAUUCUUUGAGGACGUGGAGGGGACAAAGACACCAGAUCCGAGUCCGUUGGAUGAGGAGGCGGAGGAGGGACCGAUACGUAUCUCGGUGGGUCAGAGAGGAUUGAACGUACCACUCCUUAUUGUCUUCGUGGUGAAGUUGAUACUUUCGUUCCCGACAGUUCGGAUUGAACGUACCACUCCUUAUUGUCUUCGUGGUGAAGUUGAUACUUUCGUUCCCGACAGUUCGGACGAUAAACAACUUGGUCGACAGACUAGUGGACGUCGUCCCAACCGCGGUAAUGCCUCGGGGGAAAAGUGGACACGAGAAGAGAUGUAUCCUCAACGAUGGAGAGCGUCCGGUGCAAAUGGGUACAGUGUGAGGUAUCCAGACUUUUACGGUGAUACAAGCCAAGGAGAGAAUCCCACUUCGCGUAGGAACACCAAGACGACGUUGAAUGGCGUAACAAACACAAUGAGUCGGAUUGAAGAACAAACUGUGGCUAACCAGUGCGCUGAUGUUUUCUUGAAGGGUCUGGAGGAGGCGUGGGCUAAGGAGGAAGCGAACAAGACAAUUGUUCAUCGCGACCUCGAGGAGGGAGAGGUGCCGGAGGUAUAG